UUGCAUCACCGGCAGCCAAACCCCCGGCGCUCAAAACCCACGCGACGAACUCCGAGCUGCACAUUCAUGCAUUCAUCAAGUCGCCCUGCAAACACCAGGCACCGCUCCUCACCAUACGUCCUCUCCCGACUCAUCCGGGCCGAGGGUCGCAGCCGCCGUGCGCCAGCGAUGACCCGCGCCGGGUGAGCGGUUCCCGCUGCCGGUGGAGACGCGAUCGGUCCAGACAUCCGGCUGCGUCCUGCGAGGGGUGACGGCAUGUCGCCGCUGUUCAUGGAAACCGGCUACGAGCCCAACAGCCCUGGCUCCAUAUCGGCAGAAGACUACACGGCUGGAUCUGAGCGAGAGGGGGACGGGCAACAGGUGGGACCCACCGGCAAGAAGAGGCGCGAGAAGAACAGGGACGCGGCGAGGAAGAGUCGCAAGAAGCAAACGGAGCGAGCGGACGUGCUUCACGAGGAGCUCCAGCGCCUCGAGCGCUCCAACACGUCGCUCCACAAGGAAAUCGCGGCGCUGAAGAAAGACCUCGUCCUCUACACGACGGCCCUGGAGCGUCACAAGCCCCACUGCUGCCUCCGAGCGCCCGCGUCCAAGUCCGGCCCGCCCGGCGCCCGCCCGCCUCCCCCCUCCGCCGGCCGCCGCAGACCCGGUCCGGCCGCCGUUCCUCCUCUCAGAGCCAAUUCUUCGUUCUCUACCUCCUCGACCUUUGGCACAGGUCUUCAGACUCUCGACGGGCUUGAAAACGCCCGCCUUCCUCCCACGACGUCCGCUCCGAGCGGAACCGCGUCCUGCUUGACCUCUGACCUCUUCGCGGCCCCGCCCUCCGACCCGGCGGCCGUUUCCUGCCCGCUCCCGCUGCUCCCGGCGCCUCACUCCUUGUUCGCCGACGCGUCCCGGCCGACAGGCGUUGCGCCCGUGAGCACGAGCCCCGUUUCGCUCCCGGCAGCCGAGCAAGACGCCACUCAUGGAACCCCUUCGUUGUCAGCGGAUUCGGGUUUCUCUGAUACACUAGAUGCAUUUCUAACCAAACAAACCUCUUUUGUACCUGCUCCAUGUAACGUGGGACCUCCCUACUCCCAUGUGGCCCUGCACCAUCGCGGUCUGGCUCGUGGCUGUGAUCCAACUCCCUACAACAUUCCAAAUACUUCAAAUCCUCUGGGUUCUUUUUUACCCUCGACUCUGCAAGAGUCUACUGUUCAGCCUAUGUCAGCUUCACCUCAGAUGAACUUUCCUCCACUACCCCCAAAUCCCAGUUAUUGUCAACAGGCGACACCAAAUGCGGCAUCUUUUCUUUCCCUCCUCACUGUCCCAAACCCUCCCAGCGCCCCCCAGACUCCCUCCAACAGCUUUGCUCAGUCUCCACCCGCGCUGCCGCUGUUGCUGGAUUCCUCGAGGGAUCUCUCCCUCACUGAGCUCCUGGAGGUCAACGACUGGAUCCUAAGUGGGCCCAGUAAUGUAUAGCACUACAUGCCGCAUGGCAGGGGAGGAUCAGUAUCGUGAUGUGAAAAUUCAAACCGCACGUGUUGAGCUGUGGGACUGAAGUGGCACCAAAUUGCAGCAAGGUCGUAAUCGGAUCUGAUCAGACACAGGGCUCAAAGCAGGCUUUGACGUGAGGAAAUGGAAAACUGGUGACGGUGGAUUAAUUCGUUUCCACAUAAAUGAAAGCUAAAGGCAGACGUUGUCUUUCUCAGAAAGAUUGACUCAAUUUCUGAGACUUACCCUUCACUUACUCUUUAAGACCCAACCUGCUUAGAUGCAGCUUGUUACAGUUCGUCUUCACUUACCUCAUUUACACACUCCUUACACAGUUUGACAAGUUUUUAUUAUGCUGCUAUUGAUAAUUUAUUUAUGCGUCGCAAUAUUUAAAUAGAAGAACAACUAUCAGUCAGUCAGUUCGCUUUUUUUUAGGAAGUCGCACAAUUUAUCUGUCUUACCUACAAGUGUCAAACGAAUGGAGGCUCAAUAGCCCCCGGCUCAUUCAGACCCUCAGUGAUUAUGUGAUUACAUGACAACUCCAGGUGAAAACACGCUUAAUGCACGACCCCAUCCAGGAUUAUAUGACCUAAUGUGGAUUCGUUUGCAGUGAUGUUGUCAAACCGGAGCUUCUGUAACGCACUGUGCAAACUAAGUUGUUUUCCACGUAGCCCACAGACGGGCACGGAUCUCUGAGGGAGCCGCGGUAACCAGGAUGAGGACGGGAGGUUGUCAGGGGCAGCUUCAUUAGGAACAGCGAUGAUAUCAGGGUUAUCGUCGAUGAAUCAUGUGUCAAAUGGCCCCCGGACACCCCACACGCCUAGAAGUCUAAACCACCAAAAAGGCUCUUUGUUCUUUGCUAAUUCAUGUAUUUUAAGUGAGUCAAAACCCACAAUGAAAAUGUGUCCGUGUGACACAUUCUUUCUGGCAAUAAGAAACUUCCAAAGCCUGUAAUAAUAGGAUCUAGUGCUGUUAGGAUGUUAUUUUUUGGGCUAGGAAUGAAACCAGGCCUUAUGGUAACUGUUUUGCAGUGACGACCAUGAUUUUCAGAUAAUGAUUAUUCAGUUUAGGGCACCAUUACUAGGAAAUAAGGGGAUAUUUGAACUAAUGUGAGGAUUGUGGUGGGUGUCUUUAAAUUAUGAUCAUUUGAUACUUUCAUGCAUUCAUUAUAUAUUUAUGCUUUAAUACUAAUAACUGUAAUAAAAAUGUUUGUUUACAAAAUCAA